AUGGUGCGGUCGCCGGUAGAGCGGAGAGGGAGCGCGAGCUGGCAGGGCGAGCGAGCAGAGAUACAGCGCCAGCAGGCCGAGCAGGGGCAGAGCACGAGAGCGGAGGACACGGCACUGAAUCGUGGCACCUUCCGUUCAUCGGGUGGGGUCCCGCUGUGGUCAAAUUCAUGCUUAUUUGCGAAGAGUGUGUCAUUCAUCCCUCUUGACGUGGACGAGAGUGUGAACAUCGCCAUGGGAGCCACGUUCAACGUCAUCUACUGUCUGAAGGUAUUCACAGACACCUUCAUCUACGCCCUGCGGCUGAGAGACAUUCGGAAGGCGCUGCAGACGAUGUGGGCGCUGACGAAGAUCCGGCUCCUGUUCGGCGGCGAAGGACGGAUGCCGGUCAGGAACAACACCAACCGAUCCUCCCGCCUCUCCUACACGGCGUCCACCAGGAUCUCGCUCAACUCGCCUGCUCUGCACAGGUUCACCUCCCGCCGCCACGUGCCCGCGAGCCCGCUGACCGGCUGCCAAACCACGCUCGAGAUCCCGGCCUACCUGAACAACCACAGCGGCUGCGGCUCGCCCUGCCUCAAGGCCAAGGUGGAGGAGACGUCGCUCGACCCCAUCGUCGAAGACGACCGCCCAUGAUGCGCGACAGGAGGCGCCUCACUCUGGCCUUGACUGCAGGAGUAAUCUUACUACUGUAUUUGUAAUACAUCUAGACUCCUACUCGUUUACGCGUGCGUACGUAAGCAUUAAUACAUACACACGCGUGCGCGCGCGUACACACUAUUUACCUGAGCGCGAUGCGCUCGUAAACAAUCUAUAUCCGCUCAAAUAAAACGCUUUAUUUGUUAAACCGGAAUAUAUUUAUGACUUUCAUGUUGUAGUUUUCGUUUUUUUUUUCUAAACCCCUGACCAAGUAGGGAAAUAUCUACCCCGCAUCCUGAAUCUACCCAUCUUAUUCUGAAGUGUUCAGUGGUAUCGAAACAUUCCAAGGUCUCAGCGAAUCUCGCCUGUGCAUGACAUGUUCCACAUAAGAUUUGCACGAGCUCCCUCGAGGCGCUGUGUCGUAAGUUCAAAGCAAAUGACAAAUCAUUUACGUAAGUGUUAUCUCAUUCUGAUAUAGAAUUAGUGUACCUUUUUGGCCUAUGUCUUCUCUGUGAAUGUCCAAUGAGUCUUUCAUGAGACUUGUAUUCGAACGUGUCCGUCUAUGAUAUAACGACACCUACACUUGUGCAGUUUCUGUAUUAUCCCAUGUUACGAGUCUUUCCCUUCCAAUAGUACGGCAGUGACGAGAGUGCCAUUUUCAGAUCAAUACAUAAUAGCAAGUGUGUGCGGGCCAGUGACGAAUUAUGAAAAUAAGACCAAGAAAAAGGAUAAUUGAAAAAAGUCUUAUGGUAAGGCCCGGAUAAAGGAAAAGGGCUGAGAUAGUGUUAUCCCACAAGUCCCUCUACAUUAACUAGUCGAAGAAGAUAAAGGCGGAAAACCUUGUCUUAUCUUAUCUGGGGUUAGAUUACUAGUCAUAAAAAGAGAUAGACUGAUAAUGAGGUAUGGCAAAAACAACUCUACUGAUAUAAACAGAAUAGAAAAAAAAAUAAAACGUGAUUGUAAACUUUUAUAUAUGCUUCCAUUCUAUUACUAUUUACCCUAUAUAUUCUAUACAUCGGAAGGGUCUUUUUCUUCUCCCCAAUGUUACAUCUUACCUGUAGAUAAAUAAGUAAAAGUGGCAUUGUUAUUACGAACAAUAUAAUCCCAAAAUCAGAUGUGGCUCAAGAGUAUUAAACAUUUUAUGAGGGUUGUGUAAAUACUUCACUGUGUAUGGUAAGAUAACCAGGCAUCCCUGUAAUAUAAACCCAAAGCUGUGUACAGAGUGUUGCAGACAGCUCUCUUCCUCUCUUUCUCUCCACUUCUCUCACUUUCUCUCAUUUCCUCUUUCUCACUCUUAUCGCUCUCUCUCUCUCUCUCUCUCUCUCUCUCUCUCUCUCUCUCUCUCUAU